GUAGGCUGGCCGUGUGCGGAAGUUCCGAUUGGUUCCAACGGUUAGCUGUAGGAAAAGGAACGUUUGAGGAUAGUGGUGUCGCUAAAAAACGUCGUGAUUUGAUGGGCAAAGAGUGUAUUUGGCGUUUGUCAUUAUGGCAAAUAACAACAAACGUAAUGUUAGAUAUGUGUACCAUUUACCAUAUUUUGAGCGCAGAGAGCUGUGUCGAAUAUUAGACCGAAUGGAUAAGUGGGAGGAACUUGGUGGCAUAUAUAUGAAGUUUGACACAAUGACAAUUCAGGAUCUGCGUAGAGAGGUUCUAAGAGGUAACUCCCCAUCUGAUGAACUUCUGACACUGUGGGGACAUCAAAAUCAUACUGUUCUGGAAUUAUUUGUUCUGCUUUCUGAGAUGCAACACUAUCAGGCCAUGCUUGUUUUGAAACCAUUUGUUGAUCCUUAUUAUCACCGAUUCAUUUAUGAAGGGGAAGAAAUGUUGAGGCCAUUGUCUAAUGGCAUCCGAUCACUGGGUGCAGGUAGUAAGGUGCCGUCAACAGAAGCAAAAGAAGCAGCUGCUGCAGGAAAAGAGUCAGUUGCAGCAGUUAAUGGUGAAGCAUCAAGAGCAGAUGGGCCAUCAGGAGACAAGAAACUGGACAUUGGUCGUCAUAACUUGAAUUUAACUGAAUCAACAGAAUACACUCAUAGCAAACUCACCUUUCCUCCAGAGCAACAGCAACCAGAGAGAAAGAUCCUCAAUACCAUGAGGCUUUCUCCUGCGUUUGUGCCAGAAUCUGAUAAUGAAGCAGCCAGAUUUCCCAGACCUCUUAUUGGAGUGACCCCACCAACUUCACAAGAGAGGGUAUGCCAGUUUCCACCUGACAACAAGGAGAAUAAUGCUCCUGGAUAUAGUCAGCAUAGAAAGAUGUCAAAUGUAUCAGAUGUGUCAUCAGUGACUGAAAACUGUGGUUCAAUACCACAGAUUCACUAUCAAGAGCUGGUAGAAGCAACUCAAGGUUGGUCUGUACAAAACAUUCUGGGCAAAGGAGGAUUUGGGACAGUUUACAAAGGAAUCUGGAAGAACACCCAAGUGGCAGUCAAGAGAAUAGAACAGAGAGGAGCAGCAUCUGCAGAGAACAACCAGGCACAGCUGGAGCAGUCACUAAGAGAGCUGCGAAUUUUAAACUCAUGUCGUCAUGACAACAUACUUCCAUUGUUUGGGUUCAGUGUGGGAGGUGCUGAGCCCUGUCUUGUGUAUCAAUUCAUGCCCAAUGGCUCUUUAGAGGAUCGUCUGUUAUGUCGGAAAGGAUCACCACCAUUAACAUGGCUUCAGAGGCAUAAUAUAGCACAAGGAACAGCAAGGGGCCUUCAGUUUCUGCACAAUUCAAGGCCUUUUAUACAUGGAGACAUAAAAAGUGCCAAUAUUUUACUGGAUAUAAACUUCAUUCCACGUAUUGGUGAUUUUGGACUUGCAAGAGAAGGACCUCAAAAUAAUUACACACACAUGAAAGUGAGCAGGGUCCAUGGAACUCGACCAUAUCUUCCAGAUGAAUUUCUGCGUGGCAAACAGAUAUCAACCAAAGUUGAUACCUAUAGCUUUGGUAUUGUCCUCUUUGAAUUGGCAACUGGCUUGAGGGCAUAUGAUGAUUCCAGAUCCUACAAACUUCUGAAAGAGCAUGUGGAGAACUGCACAAAGGAACAGUUGGAAACACUAAUUGACAAGAAGGCAGUACCAGAAAAUCCAGCAAUAUUCCAGCACCUGGUGGCUCUAGGCAUGGAGUGUGUAAAGAAGAUACCCAAACAACGACCCAAGAUGGAGAAGGUCCUAGAAGAGUUGGAAGCAGUGGCUUCAAGACACCAGAUUCAUGACUUGGUUCCGUAUCCAGGGAGUUCAGGAGCUAUGUCAACAGGAGGUCAGUGCAUCAGAACAAAUCCCACUCUUACAAUUCCAUCACACCAUCCUAUUGGCAAUAUCCAACAGGCAGGGCUUAACAACUUGUAUUUUUGUCUUCCUCCAAACAUUUCCAGCAGUCAUAACUUCCUGCCAGUUGCUGCUUUUCCAUCCCCAUCGUGUUCUCCAUCACACAGCCCACAGCCCAUUUCUGCAUUGGGAAUGCAUUCCCCACAUGCCCUUGGUGUAGCCUCUCAUCCGUUUCCAGUUACUCCACAUGUGCCAUCCCCUGAAGUCGAAGUAUCGCCAGGAUCAGAAGAAAGUUUGGGUGAUAAUCAUAUGCCAGCUGCAGUGCUGAAACAACACUCGGGAUCACAAAGACCGUCUGGACAUGCCAUUCUAGACCAGGAGUUGGCACCAUGUUCUCCAGAUGAUCUGAACAAAGCAGAACAUUCGUUGCAGAAUGGAAUGUCUGUUAGUGCUCUGCUGCCUAAUUUAUCAAUAUUGGGCGUUGAUGAAGGUACCCAUUCCUCUCAUGCUGGUAUACCGCCAUCUGCUUCCUGCCUUGAUAUCAGUGACACCCCAGAAACAAGUGCCUGUGAAUCUACAAGUCUGAACCAUUCUUCUGCUCAAGGAAAAUCAUUAAUCUUUGAUCUCAGAUCUGUGGAACCAAAAGAACAUCUUCAUAAAUCAUCUGCCAGUAAUAGUGGAAGUGUUCAUGACUUGUGAAUCCAGUCUGUGAGAUCAACUGUGCAGAAGAGAAGUAUUACAAAUGGCAUUUAAUGCUUUGUUUAUUUGAUGUUUUUAAUUUUAGCAUCAGCAUGAGCUUUUUUCAGGUUACAGUCAUGUUAUUUAUAGUAUAGUGAAAUGUUGAUACAAGAAAGAGAGAAAUAAGUAAAAUAUUACAUGCUUUAAAAUUCCCAUCAUACAUCAUACAUGAUACUUUAGUUUGUUAUUAAAAUGUUUUAUUUUUUACAGUGUAGACAUAGACACUUUGAGGAAGCAGAAAUUGUCAGCACCAUUUGUAAGUUCAGACUUACAUGACAUUUAUUUUCUAUCCACCAAAUAUCUUUAACUUAGUUAAUACUGGUCUGUCACACUAGUAAUAGUGUAAAAGAUUAUUAACACCGUCCAGGGUGAUUGAUUUCUUCUUCUUAUUGUUUUAAAUCCUUCAUCCUUUAGAUGUUUUGGUAGGAACGACCAUCUUCAGAAGG